AAAUACAGGGAACUGGGUGCGGGGUGCGGAGAACUCCGGAGGACGCCCGAACGGAGCAGCACCGCGGACAGCGCCCGGCCGCGCCGCGCCCAGCUCAGCCUGCGCAGCCCUCUCGCCCUGAGGUUCGCGCUCAGCGCUCUCUCUAACUAGCCUCUGCACCAUGGCAGAAUCCCACCUGCAGUCAUCUCUCAUCACAGCCUCACAGUUUUUUGAGAUCUGGCUUCAUUUCGACGCAGACGGAAGUGGUUACCUGGAAGGAAAGGAGCUGCAGAACUUGAUCCAGGAGCUUCUGCAGGCGCGAAAGAAGGCUGGAUUGGAGCUAUCACCUGAGAUGAAAACCUUUGUGGAUCAAUAUGGACAGAGAGAUGAUGGAAAAAUAGGAAUUGUAGAGUUGGCUCAUGUCUUACCCACAGAAGAGAAUUUCCUGCUGCUCUUUCGAUGCCAGCAACUGAAGUCCUGUGAGGAAUUCAUGAAGACUUGGAGAAAGUAUGAUACUGACCACAGUGGCUUCAUAGAAACCGAGGAACUUAAGAACUUUCUAAAGGACCUACUAGAGAAAGCAAACAAGACUGUGGAUGAUACAAAACUAGCUGAGUACACAGACCUCAUGCUGAAACUAUUCGAUUCAAAUAAUGACGGAAAGCUGGAACUGACCGAGAUGGCCAGGUUACUACCAGUGCAGGAAAAUUUCCUUCUUAAAUUCCAGGGAAUCAAAAUGUGUGGCAAAGAGUUCAAUAAGGCUUUUGAAUUAUAUGACCAGGAUGGCAAUGGAUACAUAGAUGAAAAUGAGCUGGAUGCUUUACUGAAAGACCUAUGUGAGAAGAACAAACAGGAGUUGGAUGUUAACAAUAUUACUACAUACAAGAAGAACAUAAUGGCCUUGUCGGAUGGAGGGAAGCUGUACCGAACAGACCUUGCUCUCAUUCUCUCUGCUGGAGACAACUAGAGUUGGUGACCACAACCACUUGCUAGUGAUACAUUGUAUCUAAAACCAUAACUGUGCGCUAUAAAGGAGUAGGCUGUAUUUUCUUUUAUAUCUGUAAAUUCUACUGCAUAUAGAGAAUUAUUCAGGAUGUGUGGCACAUUCUUUUCUGCUUGUUUCUAUACUGUUUGUAAUGUACAGUUUUUGUAAGCAUAUAAUUGAAAAGAAGGAAGUCCAUGCUUAGGCCAAUCAGUACAAUCAAUGUUAAAAAAAAUGAAUCUAACAUGGUUUUAAUGAAUCUAACAUGGUUUUGCUUACAUAAAUACAUGUGAACUUGGAUUUCCCUAAAAAUUCUACCAUCUCAAAAACUCUAGUGUCAGAUGUGUGAAUGCAUAUCUGUCAUUGAGUAAAAGAAUAACUCAUGACAAGCCAAGUGUUUUUAUUUCAGGCGGUCAUAGGACUGUCACAAAAAGCACCUUCGUGCUGUUUCCAUCUAGCGGAAGGGAUGCGCUUCCGCUUGUGAAGCACCAAACAUCAAUAGUUAACUAUGGCUCUAUUCUGAAACGAUCUCCCUAGAGAUUUAGUUUACUGAUCAGUGACAUGUCUACUGCUUAAAUAGAUACCACACUAUUGACUCAAGCUGGCUUGGUGGUAAGGGAAGGUAACCAGAUGACACAUAAAUAUGUCUGAUUCUAUACCUAUAUUUCCAAGAAGUCUACUGCCAGAGAGUAUGACCUUUGCCCAUUUUCUAAAUUAUUUUCAUGUGUUCCAGAUGACAAUUAUUCUAGUAAAUUGCUGUCUUGUGUCAUAUUCUGUGUGUACUCUCUGAUUAAAUUCAAUGUACUGAGUAUUCCGGUGUCUAGUUUGCAUACUUCCUGGAUUUUCUAUGUAGAACUGUUCAUUUCCACCAAGUAGUAUCUGCUGCCUCUGAAAAUAUUUUUUUCUAGCUAUAACUACUCUAUUUUUUAAUAUGUAAUUGAAUUUUAAUGUAAGAUUCACAGCAACCUGAUUAUUGAAUGUUAUUUCAU